UUUGCUCGGUGGAACCAACACUUGGUUCACUGCUUCUCCAUCUCGUCGCAAUGCCGCCAAAGAAGAGCAGCAACAAAGACUCAGUCGAAGCUUUGCUCUCCGAUCUCGACAGCCUGGGUACGGAAGACCAAGUUGCUUCAGCAGCCAAAACAAAGGCCCCUGCUUCAUCUGCUAGCCCUGCACCUCCCGCCGCCCCUGCCUCUGCCUCCUCCUCCACGCCAGACGCUCAGAGUCUACUCGAUGACCUCGACAGCCUCGUUCAGCGUCGCGCUCCUACUCCAAGAAGGCCGCCUAGCAGUGCAGCUGUGCCUUCACCAGGCCCGACGUCAUCCGCCGCAGAGACAGUGACUCCACGUCCGGCCAAUGUAGAGGGCACACCAAAGGAAGCGCCAGCGGGAGAGUCACCAGCUACUUCAGCGGCACAGGCUUUGGAGUCGAUGCCAGCGCCUGAGAAGCAGAGAGGAAGCACAGCGCCAAUUGCGUCGGCAGCUCCGGCUGCUGCUGCCUCUUCAUCUGGCAGCGGGGGAGGAUGGGGAGGAUGGGGAAGCAGCAUGUGGUCUUCCGCAACCAAGUUCGCCGAUCAAGCUCGAGCAGAGAUCGAGAAGCGGGCGCAGAGUGAACAGGCCAGAGACCUCGGUCAAAGAGGCUGGGACCUUGCUCAGGGAGUACGUGGCUUUGUCAAGGAGACGGGAUGGGAGAAGUUGGGCGACGAUAUUACUAAAGUGGGAAAGAGGGGCUGGACCGAAGUCAUCAACGCUGUCGCGCCGCCUAUUUCCGCUCACGAGGUCAUCCAGGUGACCCUGUCGCAUGACAUGGUGGGAUUCGAUGGGGUUCCGGACGUCACAUUCAAGAUCUUGUCGAGGGUCAUGGAGUCGCAGGUGCGCCAGCAUGGGCUGGACCAACAGCUUGUCGUCAACCAGGCGCGCAACGGCGCUCAGGUGGGGGACAAGGUCGAUGAAAGCAACGAGAGGGAUAUGCAGCCCGCCAAAGGAUUCGAGGAAGGAUGGAAGACGGCACAGUCAUCGCUCGCCACGCUCAUCGCAUCCCACGAGCCAGAGGCACCCAAGGCAAAUUCUGUCAACGUCCCGGUCACUAAUUCGCCUGUAUUCCUGCGCAUACAGCCAGUGAUGGCUCCAUUGCCAGGCGAGUCCGCCACCGCAUCGCCGCCAUCGUCCAUAUUUUUCCUCGUACUGCUGCAAGACCCCACUCAUGGCCUCAGCCAUCGUACAUGCAGCCAGGCUAUGCCUUACGCUUGGCUCUCGCUACCCUUUGACCAGAAUCCAUGGAUCGAGCAAGCAAUGGUCGACAGCUUGGAGAAUGCCCUCGCUAUCGUUGGCCAGGACUACAUUAAUGGCAGGCAGAGUGGUCGAAGCGUGAGCGGGGAGCAGGAUGCUGGCGGCGCUGCAGAGGCGUGAGGAUGAACGAGGAACAACGGGGCAUGGACAUUAGGGUCACGAAGACUCGAUUGUGAGGCGCGAGGAGCCUUGAGAGCAACUUGGAGCCCGCAAUCAGGAGCUGAAUCAAAUCGAUUCCGUGACGCCCGCGUUUCCCGAGGCGAUCGUGGUUCGUCGCAAAGUCGUCGAGGCAGUGCUUCGCCUGACCACCUCUCCGGGUCUUUCUUGACAUUCGUCCCUCACCGUACCAUACCAUUGCGCCUUGAAGAAAUGCGCUUUUUGCUUGCUUUGCGGUGUCCUCGGCUCACCUGACUAUGCGCUUUACCGGCUCUGCUUUGCUCUGCUCUGCUAUCAAUUUGCUCUGCAAUUCUAUGACACCGCUUGGCUGCAUCGACG